GAGGAAAAAUUAGCUGCCUAUGUUUAGCAAAUGACAGUGCAAAUGGGGUCCGAGUUUUAGUUGUGGUUGAGAAUUUAUUUUGCAAAAACUCAACGGGUUUCGAUCGUAGAAAAAGAGAUUGGUUUUAGUGAUUGUUAUUUUCCUUUGUGAGGUUGGGUUUGUUUUCCCUCUCCCCACCCGGUUUGUUUUUUCGAACAUGGGUUGUUCUUGUUUUUGUCGAGUUUUUUUUUUUUUAAUUUUGAUAUUUAGUUAAAUGGUAGAGUUUUCGAAAUUUGUUUGCAAAUCACUCUUUUUUUAAUGGCUUCUUCUCAAGUUGAAUUCACUUCGUCUUCGCCGCUUGAUUGUGUUUUGAGAGACCAUAAUAGCAGGGGAGAUAGAUGCAGAGAUAGCAAUGACAGAGCCGCCGCGUUUAAGAAGAAUCUUAAAGAGCUGGUCCUGGAUCAUUUUCAGAAUUGUAUUAGCGUCUCCGCUGAUGAAAAUUCCCAGAAUUCACUGGGUAAAAUUGAUUCCUGUGGUGCUAAUGACCAGGGGAAUGGUAAUCAGAACCAUCACCACCAUCGAAAUUUACGGUUUCUGAGUAGUAAUUAUAGCAGGAGUAACAGGCAUAAGAGGAGUAAUGAUGAUUCUAACAUAAAUUAUUCCUCCAAGCAGUGGCGGAUUCAUGAUCAGUGGGCUGCGAAACAGGCUCGAGAUAUGGUGUCAAAUAUUGAGAAACAGAGUCAAGAGGCAGAGCUUUUGGGUUCAUCAGGAACACCAACUUUUAAUGGAGAAAGCUCAGAGAAGUCUCCAAAUAUUGGAAAUCCUGGAGAUCCUUCUUUGGUUCAGAAGUCUCCAAGUAUUGGAAAACCUGGUGCUUCUUCGCUUGUCCAGAUGUGGGAGGCGAGGCUUAAUCGAUCCAACAGUAUGAAAAUAAACCACAGCUGGGAAUCAAACCCUAGUAGAGCAAGUUCAGGACUUUGCAACAGUGAAAAUGGUGAAAAUCCUGAAAAUGUUGAGAAUAAUGUUGAGAGUAAUGUGGAGAAUGCAUCUUCUGGUGUUGAUGAAUCUGAAACUGGUGAUUCUUCAACUGAUUGGGAGCAGCAAUCUGAUAGAACAGCGGUGAGUGAACCGCCUGCUGGAACGGCUUCGGAUGCUGGAGAGAGGGAAAGGCUUCGAGUUGCUGAUAUUAUAAAGAAGUUGACGAGUGGUACGGAUGAAAAUGAUGGCGAAAUGGUUUUGAAUGCAAGCGAAUCGUCAUCCAAAGAGCGAAGAAAUACUCCUAUGCCGGAUCAGGCAGAGCAAAGAGAUAAAAAAUGCCUUUCAAUGGCGGUGAAUUCGCCAAAAAUUAGAGGGCGACAGGCUUUUAAUGAUUUGCUUUUGCAGAUAGAGCGCGACAGGCUUCGGGAGCUUGAUUUACUGGUGGAACGUCAUGCAGUCUCAAAAUUUACACAUCGUGGACGCAUUCAAUCGAUGCUUCGGAUUAGAUUUCUGCAACGGGGCCUGGCAAUUCAAGAUCAACAGCGUCCAAAAUCAGCUGAACCUCCAGUGAACCGGUUAUCGCAAGGGUCUUCAAUAAUGCAUCUCAGGAAGAAAUUUAACUCAGGUGUUGAGAAUAGAGUCACAUCCCAAAGUGAUGCAAGUAAUUCGAAAAGCUCUCAAUCAGAGAUGGCAGGCAACAUGGAAAAUAUGAACAAUUCUUCUCUGGCCAAUCGGCUAGGUGAAAACAGUCAGAAUCAGGAAGCUGCCACUGUUGGGAAACAAAGUACAGCCAAAAUUGAGCACUCAGAACCGCAAACAAGCCAUCAGGAUCAGCAGAAAGAGUCCAGUCCAAGAAAAAAUGUGGAGACUGGUGAACUAACAAAAGCCUUGAAUGGUCAGAAUAGAAGUGAAAUAGCUGAAGGUCAAGAGGCUACUCGCUGGCAGCCUAUUCAUUUUCACUCCUUGAAUGAUCAGAAUGGACGUGAAAUAGCUGACAAUCAAGAGGCUUCUAGCCGGGAGGAUGUUCAUCUUAACUCACAAGAAAAUUCAGAAAGGAUAACAUCAUUGAAUGUUCGGGAUGAGAAUGAGAUUGCAGAUCAUCAAGAGGUCGAUGACAGGUGCCUUGACUCGCAAGAAACUUCCGAAAGAGCAGAAUCCUCGAACCAUUGGGAUGGCAAUGAGCUAGUAGAAGAAGAAGUGGAAGAAGAAGAGACCUAUGAGCAGGGCCAAUUUAUAGAUACCAAUUCUGAUUGGAUAAGUGAAAUAUCACGCCCUCGAAGUUAUUGGGAAGAUCGCAGGAAAGAAUGGUACCAAGAGAUGCUAAGUAGCAGAUCAGAAAAUAAUGAGAUACGCCAACUCCUUGAAAGAAGGAGGGUAUCAAGUUAUCUUUCCAGUGACUUCCGAGAAACAAUGGAUCAAUUGAUGAGUACUCGUGUCGAAAGACAGAUCGAGCUAGAGGCUUAUGAAGAAGAACAACAUGAAGAGUUGAGUCGUGAGCGAAUAAGCGAAUUGUUGUUGGAUCACUUACAGAGGAACAUGCAUUCAGCAGUUUCUCAAGAAGAAGAACAAGUAGAAGAAGAAGAAGGGAAUGAGGCAGAACAAGUAGAUGAAGAAGAGCAAGAAGAGGAGGAGGAGGAGGAGGAGGAGGAGGAAGAAGAAGAAGAGGAAGAAGAAGAAGAAGAAGAAGAAGAAGAAGAAAGUCCAAUAAGUCAUGAGGAGCAUGAAACAAGUGAUUAUUUUGAUCAGUCCUCACAAACAAUGCAAAUUACUUCUCCCUCAGCAACUCCAUCAUGGAGUUAUCAAGGUCAAGAAGUUGUUGACGAAUCGGAUCAGACUGAAUCCCAAUCAACUCGCCGACCUUUGCCAUCUCAAGCUUACUAUCUUGAUGGUCAGCUGUCGUCUUCCUCGACAAAUCAUCUUUCAUUUGAAAUGGAACUUAUAUAUGGUUUAAGAGGACAACUGGAACAACUCCACCGAGAGAUGCGUGAGCUGAGAAAAUCUAUAAACAGUUGCAUGAACAUGCAAGUGAAAUUGCAACAUUCCAAUCCACAGGAAGUUCAUUCAGUAGGAGGAAUGGGAAACAAUCAACCUGAUGGGGCGCCAAAGAAACGCUGUUGUUGUAUUUGCUAUGAAAUGCAGGUCGACUCACUUCUUUAUAGAUGCGGGCAUAUGUGCACCUGUCUGAAAUGCGCCUACGAGUUGCAGUGGAGUAGUGGAAAGUGUCCGAUAUGUCGCGCGCCAAUAGAAGAUGUUGUGCGCGCAUAUAUGGAUUCAUAAGACGACCCCAUGAACGAGUUCUUGCUCCAGAGGACCGUCAUCGCCAAAAACUUAAUACAUGAAGCAUGAAUUGGAUAACACAUGGAAGUUCUUCUUCUUUGCUUUCUUUGUUUUAUCUACUUACUACCUAAUUAACCCUUGUAUAUUCCAACUUGUGAUCUGACCUCGAAACCUUGGUUUUCGUCUUUGCACAUAUAACCUUUUGUAUGUUUUUUGAAG